AUGCAGUACAUCCCCUUCCUGAUCUCGGGGCUGGUCCCUGUUGCGCUAUCAAAGUCCCUUUUCGAAGCGACGAGCAACACCAGGAUUGAUGGGAAUGAUAUCGCCGCCAUCUUCGGUCCGGUCUUGACACCAGAGGCCCAUAUCUUCCUCCCCUCCGACGGUGACUACGACGAUAAUGUGAUGGCUCGAUGGUCGACAUUCAACGACCCGUCCUACGUCGCCACUGUUAAGCCUGCGACGGAGACAGAUGUCCAAGCAAUUAGAGAAUAUCAGGUUUCCACUGCUGCCUCGCACAAUAUAACUUUUUUCGCAACUGGUGGCGGACACGGCGUAAAGUUGAACUUUGGCAAUGUGCAAAAUGCCAUAAAUAUCGAAUUGAGCCUGCUUGACUUCAUCGAUCUGGACCUUGACAAUGAGGUGGUCACCAUCGGACCCGGGGUGGAAAAUGCCCAGCUUUAUGACCUUCUGUCCUCCGUGGGGAAAGAGACCGCACUAACUGGCGAGCGCUGCGUCAACACCAUCGGCCCUACGCUUGGGGGAGGGUUGGGGCCCCUCUACGGCAUUCGUGGCCCGCAGGUAGAUUCUCUUGUGUCCGCUCGCUUGGUAACAGCUUCCGGGGAUGUGAUAACUGUCUCCAGGAGCGAGAAUCGAGAUCUCUUCUGGGCUAUCAGGGGUGCUGGUGCGAACUUUGGUAUCGUCACGUCGGCCACCUACAGGAUCUACGACCAGACCAAUGGUGGAAUGGCUGUGUCCGCCCAGUUUGCCUUCGCGCCUGCCGUCAAUCGCUCGGUAUUCGAUCUGAUGGAAUCCAUGAAUGAUGAGUAUCCCCCGGGGAUGUCUGGGGGGAUGAUACUCAGCUAUAAUCAUACAACCAACGAGCCCUCGGUCCAAUGGAAUCUCUUGUUCAUGGGGUCCAAUGAAGAUGCCCAGCCGUGGCUCGACAAGAUCCAGGCCCUGGGUCCGAUCGACUCGAGUAUCCGCAACGUCCCGUGGCAUCGCAGGGAUGAACCCGAAGUGCCAUAUUGUGAGAGAGGACAACACUAUAUCCUUUACAACCUGAACCUCAGAAGAACAGAUGCAGCCACUUUGCAGUCCUACUUCGAUAGCUUCGUCGACUUCUCCUCCAAAAACCCCUGGUUCGAUUGCGAUCUCAUGUAUGAACGGCAGGCGACCGACGCCGCGCUGGCAGUGCCUCUUAGCGAGAGGGGAGUAGGGCCAUGGCGGGACAGUAAAAUCAAUGCAAACUUUCUCGUGGUGACCCCUUCCGAAGAGUAUGAUGAAGCUGCUGAUGCCUUCGUGCGACCAUUUAUGGAUCGAUUCCAGGCAGUCAUGGGCUUCGACACUCUCCAUGUGUACGUCAACGAGGCGCUGGGUGACGAAGGUCCCGCGUCAUGGUAUGGGGAGGAAAACCUCCCGAGACUUGUUGCGCUGAAACAACAAUGGGACCCGGAAAAUAAAUUUGGUGCCGGGGCUCCGAUUCCGUUGAGUCUGUAG